AUGGUUGUUGAAGCUUCUAUGACAUAUGUCGAUGCAAAGGCUCGGAUGGUUCGUGCCAUUGCAAAAAUUACCUCUUUUGUCCUUGCUGCAGGGGAGUUCAAAGCUGAAAAAAAUAAUCCUGGAAAACGAGCAAAAAUUUCAGCUAUGCUACUGGAACUUAAAGAAAUUCGCUCGACUGCAGAAUCUGACAUCCAAGUUAUGGAGAUUUCUGUUGGUAAAAGAUUAGCACCAGUCGAAGUUGUAGAUAAUUCUGUGAGUCUCAAGCUCUCUGCUGAGUUUGAUAAUUUGUAUUAUGAGUUGGUUGCGUUCGCAGAUGUGUAUAGCCUGUCAUUGCACCAAAUUGUCGACGCCUCCUCUUCUCAGUCUGUACAAAAUCAUACAGCUAGUUUCGGAAAUCUAUCUACUUACAAAUUUCCAACACGAAAGUUUCCUAUAUUUUCUGGAAUUCUAACAGAAUGGCAGGGUUUUGAAGAUUUGUUCACGUCAAUUCUAUCCCACGCCCCAGCUGAUCUUUCAGACAUCGAACGAUUCGAGAUUUUGAAAACGUCGCUAGAAGGUGAAGCCUUGACGCUUAUCGCACAUAUUCCUUUGACAUCGGCAAAUUAUAUAAAAGCUUGGGAAAUAUUACGUUCGCGAUACGGAAAUAAGCGUGAUUUGGCGCGUAUCCACCUGGACGCCUUGUUAUCUCCACAUACAGUCAAGUCGAACGACGCGUCGUCAAUUAAAACUCUAAUCACGUCUAUUCAAGAGCACACAGCUGCCUUGGAUAACUUGGAUUUUGUAACGCGGCAGUGGAGCCCAAUUUUGGUCCACAUUUUUGAAAAUUAUCUUGAUUAUGACCUCCGAGCGCGUUGGGAAAUCACUGUGGGUGACCGCCAUCAACCAUCGAUUACCGAUUUCCUUGAAUUUCUAAGGAGUCAUGUACGAUCAGCGGAAGCACGUUCUGGACAGUACACGUCGAGUUUGACGUCGUUCACGUCUCAGCAAAAACCUUCUCAAAAAUCGUUGACUUUCAAAUCUCGUCCCCACGCUGCACCAAAGGUUCUAGCUGCUACUACCAGCUCAUCCACCGUGGUUACCUGUCCAUUAUGUACAAAAUCACAUACGGUCCGGAAGUGUCCAAAUUUUCUUUCAAAAUCACCUAAUGAUCGGUUCCAGAUAGCCAAGACGCAUCGUCUUUGCAUAAAUUGUCUAGGCACAGGACAUUCUACUUCGUCAUGCCCUUCAAAAUACAAAUGCACAAUGUGUGAUCGGUCUCAUAAUAGUUUGCUCCAUUUCGACCCAAAGGAAAAUCUUCCAUCCUCGUCCACUGUUCUCUCGGCAGACCAAACCGAGGCUGGUCAGAGUGCCAAAGCAAUGAUUGUCAGAGGACAGCCUCAGAACGUAGUCCUACUCUCUACUGUCCUACUUGAUGUGGUUGCUGCUGAUGGCACCCAUCAUUCAAUUCGAGCCCUGUUUGAUAGUGGUGCUCAAGCGAGUUUUAUAACUGAACAAACUGCGUGUGUGUUGAUGCUAAAGCGACAUCAUUCGACAGUAGCAAUUACCACGUUUGCCAGCAGUACAACGUCCCCAGUCCGUGGUCAAACAACCAUCACUGUGAUGCCACGUGGCAAACAGGCACCGUCGUUUUGCGUGGACACUUACAUCGUCCCACAAAUCACAGGACCAACUCCGCAAGCUCCUAUAGUGCCGGGAAAAUGGAGGCACAUUCAAAACCUCUCACUCGCUGAUCCGUCGUACCAUCGUCCUCAGUCAGUCGAUCUGUUGUUGGGGGCCGAUAUCUUGCCAAUGCUACUUCUAAAUGGAAAAGCCACAGGCAAGCCUGGCGAGCCCAUUGCCUUCGAGACUGUUUUCGGUUGGAUCCUGAUGGGACCUGUCGACAGUAAUGCUCAGUCAACUGUCACCGCUAUGUGUUUAUCUGUUUCUGAAACUCUUGACUUGUCUAUCAGGCGUUUUUGGGAACUUGAAGAGUUACCGGUUGUUCGCCAUCUCAGUCCAGAUGAGCGUGCUGCCGAGGAAAUUUAUAAAAAGACAACAACUCGGCUGAGUACUGGACGAUUUAUGGUAUCUCUUCCAUUUCGGAAAGCGUCACCUCUGUUAGGUGAUUCAAAAUCUGUUGCCCUUCGCCGCUUCCAGGCACUCGAACACCGACUGAGUAAUGAUCAAAACCUCCAACACCAGUACGCAGACUUCAUGCAAGAUUACCUGGACGCUGGUCACAUGGAACUGGUUCCACUCGAAAACUUAGACAAUGUGUUUCAUUAUUAUAUUCCGCAUCACUGUGUACUUAGGCCGGACAGUAGCACCACCAAGCUUCGUGUCGUUUUCAAUGCUUCGGCUCGCACAAGUGCUGGGUGUUCCUUGAAUGAGAGCAUGUAUACAGGUCCGAAACUUCAGCCCGACAUUCAAGUUGUUCUUCUUCGUUCACGGUUGUGGAAAUAUGUAUUUAUGACUGACAUCAAACAGAUGUAUCGGCAAAUUGUGGUGCGGCCUGCUGAUCGAGAUUACCUGCGAAUUUUCUGGAGAUUUUCGAAAAAUGCCACAGUGCAGGAAUACCGUCUCUGUACGGUCACCUACGGCACAUCAGCGGCACCAUAUCAAGCUCUUCGUACAAUUCAGGAAUUGGCAAUCGUUGAUGGAAAAUUAUUUCCCAUCGCUGCGUCAAUUCUCCUGAACGACACCUUCGUCGAUGAUAUUCUCACUGGAGCUAACACCGAAAAGGAUGCUCUUGAAUAUCAGUCGCAGCUUAUAAACUUGUGUUCAUUAGCCAAGUUUGAGCUCCGAAAAUGGGCCAGCAAUAACAGUAAUAUUUUACAAGCUGUUCCCGCAGAAGCUCAAGCAAUGUCUCCAGCCCUUGUGUACAAUGAAAAAAAUGAAUUUGAAUUAAAAAUACUAGGCCUAAAAUGGGAUCCGAGAGCUGACGUGUUUUCAUUUGAUACAAAACCAUCGUCAACCGACCCGACAAAGCGGUCAGUCCUCUCAGACAUUGCCAAAGUUUUCGAUCCAUUAGGCUUGCUUUCUCCCAUAACGUUCUGGACCAAACACGUCAUGCAGUUGCUUUGGACCGCUGGUCUCAAAUGGGAUGAUAAGAUACCCACAGACAUUGCUCAAGUUUGGACACGAUAUCAAUCAGAACUGAAGUUGAUUGAAUCGAUCUCUAUCCCUCGUCGUCUAACAGUUGACGAGGCAACCACUGUGCAACUUCACGCUUUCUCGGAUAGCUCAGAAAAAGGUUACGCGGCAGCAGUUUACCUUCGAACCCAAACAGCUACUUCAGCUCAUUGUCACCUUGUAACAGGUAAAUCCAAAGUAGCACCUCUCAAAAGGUCUACUAUCCCACGACUUGAGCUGUGUGGAGCUGUAUUAUCCGCCAAACUGUUACGCUUCGUUGCUGAUACUUACUCCAAGAGUCUAAAAAUUGAUGAGUUGCAUGCUUGGACGGACUCAACCACUGCGCUAGCCUGGAUACAAUCGUCACCUCAUCGUUGGGCCACAUUCGUGGCAAAUCGAACAAGUCAAAUUCAUGAAUUCACGUCACCAGACAUUUGGCAUCACGUCCCCACGCAGCACAAUCCGGUCGACUGUGCUUCCCGCGGACUUUUCCCGUCGGAACUUGUUGAUCACCCGUUGUGGUGGACGGGCCCUGAGUUCUUGGUGGAAUCACCGGAAAAUUGGCCAUCUGUUGUCCCUCGUUCAGACAACACAGAUGAUCACGUCUCCACUGAAGCUCGAAAAUGUACUGUUCUCCUUACUAAGACUACAUGCUCAAUUAUUGACGUUCUGCAUCGUUUCUCGUCUUUCGAUAAAAUUCUUCACAUUGUCGCCUACUGUCUUCGCUUCUCGAAAUCACGUCCUCCUACAUUUACACAGAGUGUUAAUGCGAGCGAGCGAGAACGAGCCUUGUUGGCCUUAGUUUAUUCCGUCUAA